AUGGUCUUCUUUUCUUGUAAUGGUUGUGGCGAAGCUCUGAAAAAGAAUCAGGUAAGAUAUUCUUUAUUGAAAAAAUGUGAAAAAAUUAAUUUCAGGUCGAAAAGCACAGUUUUCAAUGCAGAAAUGCUACUUUCAGUUGUAUUGAUUGUCAGCUCGUUUUUACGUGAGUUUCAGCCAUUUUUAGAGAAAUUAAUUUCAGACUUACUGUGAACUUGAGAUAAUUUCCAGCUGGAAAUUUAAUUUUUUUUCAGACGCGAAACACACAAAGGCCACAUAAAAUGCAUCACAGAAAAUCAGAAAUAUGGUGGAAAAAAUUAUGUUGAAAAAGAGAAUAAGGUGAGCAAUAUGGAACUUUUUUGGGAAAAUUGGGGUUUGAAACCAAAAUUUAUUUUUUGAUCUGAAAGUAGAAAAAAUUACAACUUUUUUUGAGAAAUUACUGAGGUUCAGAAAAUAAAAGUUUUGGAAUUUUUCUAUUGAAAAAGAUAUUUUUGAAAAUUUGAUUUUCAGAGCUUCUUCAAAUUUCAGAUUGCUUUAGUUUUUCAAAAAAAUUGAUUUUCAAGGGCGAAGCUAAACAGAAUGCUUGGGUUGAUCAAGUAAAUGGAGCAAUCGACGCAGUUCAAGAUCACGAAGUCAAAGAAUUAUUGAAAAGUGUAGCCGGUUUUGCGAAUAUUCCAAGAAAAGAAGCAAAAUUCAUCAAUUUUCUCAUGAAUUCCUGUAGAUUAAGAGAUCGAAAUUUCGCAUUGAGAGCUUGGCAAGCAAUUGCAGCUGAAGCUGAAAAAAUGAGACAAGAAGCGAUUGCUAAACAAGAAGAGUUGCAGAAAACUGAACGAGAGCAAAAAGAAGCGGCUAAUUCGAAAUCUGCGAAAAAAGAUUCGGAUGAGGAAAAUAAGAAGGUUGAGUCAGAGGAGAAUGGAACGGUUAAUUUCAAAUGGAAAAAGGUUAUCAAGAGAAAAUUGAAAGAUAAUGGAGGAGAAAUGAAGGUUUGUAUUUUUUUCGGGCGUGACCAAAAAUUUCAUGGGCCAUGAUUCAAAAAACCCUCUAGUUUCUGAUCCACAGUCACACCUCGGCCAAUCUGUGGCUGGCCAGAGUACAAUUUUUAAAAACAUCUGAAUUUCUGCACAACUUUCAUAUUGUAAAAAGUUAGCGUACAAUUUUUUUAUUUUCGAAACCACGAUUUUGGCCGAGGUCCACAGUUUUUAAUAAAAAAUUGAACAAAAAACCCGUCCAAACCAGAAAAAAAUAAUUCUCCAGAUCAAAAAGCUGCGCAAAGAAGUUCUUCAAGAAUUCAGCGAUGCUGGAGGUGAAAGUGAAAAUCCAACUGAUUUGUUCUCGGAAAAACUCGAAAAAUGUUCAAAUAUCCAGAUUAAUGGAAAACUUGCACAGCUACAAUAG